AUGUUUCAAGAAUGUGAAAGAAUUCGUACGGCUUAUUAUGAUAUAUCUAAAAAUUUAGCAAAUAUUUCGGAUAAUUUAGAAGAACGAGUACGUGAAUUUAAGAUUCAGAAAUUCGAUCUUGACCGGGAAGCUUUAAAUUUGCAAUCUGAAGCAAAAUAUGCACAGGUUGAAUGUGUAGUCUUAGGUGGCUCUUUUGGAGUAUUUGUUGGUAUUAUUGCAGGAAUUGGUGUAGGCACUUAUACACUUCCAUUUGACGGCGGAGUGGUGUUUUUGUCAACUAUUAUUGCAAGUAUGGGGGCAGGUUCUUUGUUCGGUCAAGUAUUAGAAGAAAAGAUUCAUAAAUCAGCUCGACAUAAAAUUGCAAAAGCGGAUAAAAUUUACGAAAAAGUAGAUUACGUUAAUAAGGUCAUUGAAGAUGUUGAAUUUUUUAAAUCUGGUGUUCAGAAAUUCGAAAGGUUUUGGAUUGGACAUGUUGAGCAUUUUACGAAUGUACAAAAAAUAAUUGAGAGUUCCUCCAAAGGUAAUAUUGACAUGAAACCUAUCAAAGUUCAGACCAUUCUUAAUGAUUGGAAUAAGGCAAAGAAUUCUUUAUAUAAUUAUGGAAUCAGUGUAGAAA